AUCCCUGUCUAAAAACACUUUCAAAUUGGGAUGAAGAAACUCAAAAGAGGGCUAAAGUUGAGUUAACAUAUCAAUUUAAAACUUUAAUUGCCUCUAAUUAUAAACAACUAAUAUCAAUAUACACUAAUUCUAAAAAUAGUAAUAUUUACUAUAGUAGUUUAUAUUCAUCAAUCUUUG